GCCCAGGUGGUGGUGGUGGGGGCGUCAGACACGGGGCUGUCCUUCCUGGAGGUGCUGUGCACCUGUCCUCACCUGAGGUUCUGCACCCUGACCCUGGUCUCCACCCAUGGGUUCCCCACACGGUCCAGUCACCAGGACCCGGGCUUUCUGUCCACCAGCCACGCCCACAGCAGCACAGACCUGGCGCUGCUUCCUCUGCGUUCGUGCGUUACCGUGGUGACGGACAAGAUGGUGAAGAUUGACAGGAAGUCCAAACGUGUGCUGGUGUCCAGCGGCAGGAAGGUUCCCUACGACUUCCUGCUGCUCUGUCCUGGACUUCAGUACCAGAUGCCCAGCAGAGCUGGAAGUGGUUCCUCACAGACUCCGCCCACUCGGCGUUGGAGACACCCUGGCCCCGCCCCUUCCAACCUCUUCACUCUCAACGCCCCCCAGGACUGUGACGCGCUCCGACGCUGGCUGCUGCAGAACUUUGUGGAGCGUCAGGAAGACGCUGUCGUUUACGGCAACAGUCUGGACGUGUACACCACCGUGGGGGCGCUGUUGGGUCUUGGCGUCCGUGGGUCGCGUAUUCACCUGGUCCUCACGCCUCCUGGGAACACUGGCGCUUCCUGCUUCGGUGACCGGGCCGUGGAUAGAGCUGUGGCCUCAGAGUUGGAGAGGGCAGAGGUUCGAGUCCACAGUGAUUUUGUGCUGACCCGGAUCAACGAUGGUGACCAUCACCUUGACCCCGUGACCUCGGCGACCUUCAGCAGGGACGACUCAAAGGAUCUGCGUCUGCUCUGUGGACUCUUCAUCAACCUCUCCAACCGAGGAGUCGACUACGACGCCUUCAGGGCCGUCAGCACCUCCUUCCUGACCUUUGACAGCAGGAUCGUCAUAGACGCCCAGUUCGGCACCAAUGACCCGGCCAUCUUCGCCGCCGGACCCGCCACUAAGUUCUGCCGCCGUUACCACACCGACGAGUGGGAACAUGGCAGCUUCAACUCCAAGGAGGUGGGUCGGAACCUGGCAGACAGGAUCCUGGGCAUCAUCGACCCGACGUGGGAAUUGGACCACAGACCUCCUGCUGAUCAACGUCUGGUGCCGCUUUACAGAGAGGCCAAGAUUCAAGGGGGAACCCUUCCUGGGGGGCAUCACUACCUGCACUUCAGGAAACCGUCUCCAUCUGAGCCUCCGGCCUGGACGGCUCCACAGGUUGGUCCACCGUCAGAGGAGAGAGUGAUGGUGACAGGAGGAGUGGAGACAGGGAACUAUUUCUGUUUGCACCUGGACAUCCACCAGCAGGUGGAGACACUCACCUGCUUCUCCCUAAAACCUUUCCCUGUCUCCAACUACCUGAGUCUGUACGGAAAACAUCAGCAGCUGCUGGGACGACUGCUGACCCGCUACCACCAGAACCAGGUCCAGGACCUGUACAGCUUCUUCACACACAGCAGCUGUCUCCCUGUCUUCCACGACAGAUUCUCAGACCUGCAGCAGGAGCUCCAGCAGAUGAACGCAGACAAGGUCCAGGAGGCCGGGUCACAGCAGCAGCUGGGCGACGAUGAUGAUGCUCUGAGAAGAAGAGCAGUCAAGUAUCUGAAGUACAACAGGAACCUGCUGCCUAUGUUCGCCUGCCGGCCUCAGCUGUGACGUCAUCACAGCGUCAUCAUCAUCAUCAUCACCUUCAUCAACAUCAUCCAAAGAAAGUCACCAGACUAUAAAAGCAGGUGUGUGUGUGUGUGUGUGUGUCUGUGAAGUGUGUGCAGCAGGGGAGACGAGGGUGAGGCUGCAGCCUCAGGUACAUCUGCUUUGUAACUCCUCCUCCUCCUCCUCCUCCUCCUGCUCCUCCUCCUCCUCCUGA